AUGGCCUUCCAGCUUCCCGAGGGACUAGACCAUCUAAAUUAUCUUGACCUACAUGGAGCACUUAAAUCGCAGUUCAAGAUCAAGCUCAGCGCCGAGUUUUUGUUUGAGAAGCAUCAAGGUUACUUCUGUCUGUUUCCUGUCAUACAGACGUCGCUCCGUGCAUGUGAACUCAUUGAGAGGCGCAAAGAGAAGCCCAUGCUUGACAGGAUCCAUACCCUAUUAUCCAGUACAAUCGCACCUGAGGUUUGCCGGCACUGGUUCAGCUGGGAAACUGUUGAGCUACCUGAGGACAUGCUCCAGAGGCUUGUGUCAUAUACCAUAUUCCUGGGGGAAGAGUGGGAAGUGGGCUCUCAAGUGCUCCUCUGGAUACAAGUGGAAAGUCGUCCCAACGGGAUUGCUACUGAGAAAGAUUCCUCUAGUGAAAGGUGA